CGGUUCGUUUGACAAGCAUGCUGCCGUGUGGGCCACCGCCGCAGCUGCUGCAGGUCCAAGCGCGCUGUAUCAAAUGGCGCCUUACGGUUUCUGAGUUUCGCCCCCUUUUGCAUCUUGUCUUUGAACAGUAUUAGUGUAGUUCUUACAAAAGAAAAAAGCUCUCCCCUGUCCUCUUCUUUCCACUUUUCCCUUUCUCUCUCUCUCUCUCCCAUCUCUUGCUGUCCUUUUCUUUUGAAUAUUGAAGAAUAAAAUGAGAAUCAUGGCUGACAGCAACCAAACUAAAACGGCAGCGUCGUCUGAACAAAGCAAGGACAGUAGCAGCGUGUACAACAAUAUCCAUCGUGCAUUUCUGCAAGCGGUCAUGAAUCGUCGGAUUGUGGAUGCAGACACCGCAGAAGGGUUGUACGACACUAUUCUUGCUAAUGCUGAGCAGAAGGACUUUCAAGAAUUCGUUCUGACUAUCAACCUCGAAAUCAAUAAUUUCGACCUCUCCUUGCGCACUGUGCGUGACGAACGUACUGGCCAUGCCAUGCUUCUACUGGUUAACACAAAGUCAGACGUUGGCACACAAGGCGCGACGCUCUACACACCCUCUGAGCUCGACUACUUUAAACAUCUUCUGGACGGUAUCAUGCAAGCACCGGAUCUGUAUUUAUCCAGCGAUACGGCACUCCAUGUAGCAAGCGAGCUGGACAUAAAGUUGGAGAAAGCCCAGGGCGCAUUGGAUCGAUUUGUGGAUGAUCAUUGGUUGUACUAUUGUGUUGACAGUGGUCAUUAUGCGCUGUCAUUGCGAUCGACGGUAGAACUGCAACGGUACUUUGAAGAACACCAUCCAGACGCCGUCAGCUUUUGUCCGACAUGCUCGGAGCUAGUGACAGUGGGACGCCAAUGCCGACAAUGUGACACACGCAUCCAUCGCCAUUGCACAACAGGAACAGCAAUUUCUUCGGAAGCUUGUCCGUUUUGCUCACGCGUAGGCACUUUGAAAGCGUUUGGGCUGUCGUUGGAUAGUGGUACGGAUGAUGACGGCUCGGCGACUACCAUGUUCUCCUCCUCCUCCUUCUCCUCCUCUUCCUAGUAAGCCUUUCUGUGUAAUAGCAUAUUGCAUGCAUACAUAUCGGAAGAAUAAAGAUAAUAAAAGAGGACCCACACGUGAUGCAUGCAAUGCAUAAACUCUCUUUGUUGUGUUUGUUGUUGCAGACUAUAACCUU